AUGAAAGGCGUAAAACAAGAUGUCAUUGCUUUAACCGCUAACGAAAUGUUUCCUGACGCAGUACAAUGCUAUUAUAAUGAAGAUAAGAACAUUCAUAUUCCUGUUGGAAAAUAUGAUAAAGAUUCUGAGUUCAGUAUAAUGAAAUUAUAUCAAGCCCUUCACGAUGGUCAGGAAAUCGCAUUUGAUUUAUGCAAAUCAACAGCACCCUGUUUUGAAGAGAAGUUUAACUUUUCAAUAACGACUAAAAAUACUUUCAUAAGGAAAUUAAAGUUCUGA